CUGAGUUUGGACUUGGAGCAGAGCAGUUGUAACAAUGUCUUGUCUCUUGUGGUUUUGGUCGCUGUUCCGCCGGAGAAAAUGGCCCAAAGUGAACCCUGAAAACCCCGAGGACGCGGGUGAGAACGUGAGGAACGAUGGAGCUCAGAGAGCAAAGAGACAAAGCAUAAAGGGGAAAAACUGGAGGAGGAUUUUUAGGAAGAAGAAGAGGCACACAGAGGUGGAGGUGCAAGAAGAAGCAGGACAGAGCAGCGCAGAGCAGGGGCCGGCCGGGGUACAACACCCAGGCGCCGCCGAACUGCUCCCGGCUCCAGCGGAGAACGCUGAAAAUCCUGCUGGUGGAGAGGAAGCCACCAGUUCUGUGCCGGACGACCAGCAUCAGGAAACAGAUGACGAGGUCCUGAAAGAGACUGAGGAGACGGAGGACGAGGAUGUCAAGGAGCUGGUGAAUUUCCUUCUAAAUGAAACUGAGAAACAGGUCGAGCUCCAGGAGGCAAAAGACCAAGAAGUGGAUAGCAAGCACAUCACAGAGCUGACAGAAAACACGCUGGACCAAGAGGUGAAUAGAGAGCGUAUCACAGAGCUGACAGAGAACACGCUGGACCAAGAGGUGAAUAGAGAGCGUAUCACAGAGCUGACAGAGAACACGCUGGACCAAGAGGUGAAUAGAGAGCGUAUCACAGAGCUGACAGAGAACACGCUGGACCAAGAAGUGGAUAGCGAGCGUAUCACAGAGCUGACAGAGAACACGCUGGACCAAGAGUUGGAUAGCAAGCGUAUCACAGAGCUGACAGAAAACACGCUGGACCAAGAGGUGAAUAGAGAGCGUAUCACAGAGCUGACAGAGAACACGCUGGACCAAGAAGUGGAUAGCGAGCGUAUCACAGAGCUGACAGAGAACACGCUGGACCAAGAAGUGGAUAGCGAGCGCAUCACAGAGCUGACAGAGAACACGCUGGAUGACUUGGAGGCAUCAUGCAACGAGCUUGAGGAUAAACUUUUAAAGCUGAUGGAGGAAGCUGAAGCUGCUGAAGCCAGGAUCAAGGAGUGGAAGCGAGAAGAGGCUGAAGCCUUCGCUCGUGAAGAGUAUGAUGGAUUGCUGGUGAUGAGAGAGAAUAUCACGCUUAGUGCUGGUGAUAGAGGACUGAGUGUGGAUGAGCGUUCACGCAGGAUUUUUACACCCAUCCGGUAUAGAAGUAGCCUGCGGUUACCAAGACGCGCCAGAAGAAAGGACGGGAUUUAGAAGGAGGAGGAGAAGUGGAGCUCCAGAGAAAGGCAGCAGGAGAGGAGAAAUAUCUGAACCCCACCAGCACACAAACAUCAAACCAAACACAACUGCUGCAGACUCUGCUGAGUUCAUUCCUUCCUUCCUUUAUUUAUUCUUUCCCCUUUGUACCUGUGUAGAUUUCAGAGUGACUAAUCCACCUACUGACAUGCCUCUCCAGCUUUUGCUUUAAACCAACAGAAGCAGGGCCUGGUGGACCUGCUGAUGUCAACCUGAGCAGCAUCAAGAACAGAAAAGAACAUCAGGAGAACAGACAAGCAGACAAACAUUAGAGGAGAAGACACUUCUGAAGAAUAUCAGUCCAAACACAAAUAAAGCACUGUAGCUCA